AUGAGGAACGAAAAUACCUCUCCUGUGUCAAAACGCAGCCUUGGAGAGCCGGGAAGUUCCGCGGCAGUGGCUGAGGUGUUCACCUUAGCGCUCCCUUUGAGUGUCAGGGAAGAAGGAAGUUUUGUUAGUUUCAGGCUCAGUGUUUCCAAUGUUGACUUGGUUCGGGUCCUUUUGGACAGAGGUGCUAAUGCAAGCUUUGAUAAGGAUAAGCAAACAGUUUUGAUAACCGCAUGUUCUGCUCGUGGCUCAGAGGAACGGAUCUUGAAGUGUGUGGAGCUGCUACUUUCAAGAAAUGCUGAUCCAAAUGUUGCUUGUAGGAGACUUAUGACUCCAAUCAUGUACGCUGCCCGUGACGGUCACACCCAGGUUGUCGCUCUCCUUGUUGCUCACGGAGCAGAAGUCAAUACCCAGGAUGAGAAUGGUUACACUGCUUUAACAUGGGCAGCGCGUCAGGGUCAUAAAAAUGUAGUUUUGAAGUUGCUUGAACUUGGAGCUAAUAAAAUGCUACAAACCAAAGAUGGAAAGACACCAAGUGAGAUUGCAAAAAGAAAUAAACAUCUAGAGAUCUACAGCUUUCUUUCUUUGACUUUAAAUCCAUUGGAAGGAAAACUUCAACAGCUAACUAAAGAAGAUACUAUUUGUAAACUAUGCAGAGAGUUUUUAUUAGAAAUGGAUGUUGGAUUUUCCUCUAAAGCCUGUGAUCUCCAGGAUAAGCACCCUUACAAGACCGACAUUUUCUCCUGCUUACUGGCUGUCGUCAUCUACAUGUCUCAUGCCAUUGCCAUCAUCAUUAUAAUUAAUGGUGAUGAGUUCCUCAACUUUCUUCUGAAAUUAAACAAACAAUGUCGCCAUUUAAUAACAGCUGUACAGAAUAUCAUUACCGAGUUGCCUGUAAAUUCUCACAAGAUAGUGCUCGAAUGGGCUUCGCCUCGGAAUUUUACUUCAGUUUGUGAAGAACUGGUUAGUAAUGUUGAAGAUUUGAAUGAAGAGGUCUGCAAACUAAAGGAUUUAAUUCAGAAGUUGCAAAAUGAAAGAGAAAAUGAUCCAACUCAUAUACCAUUAAUAGAAGAAGUAUCUACAUGGAAUAGUGGAAUUCUGAAGAGGACGGCUAUUGCAGUAUGCGGGGUUGGGUUUCUUCUCUUCAUUUGCAAGCUAACUUUGCAGAGAAAAUAA